UGCGGGGCUGUUUCCGGGCGCCGCAGCGGGAGAGGGUGUCGCCGGUUCGGCGUGUGACGGGCGGCCAGCCUAGGCCAGGCCAGGCCGGUGCCGCCUGCCAUGUCCGGCAGCGCGGAGGGUCCCCCGGGGGACCGGAGCUCCCCGCAGUCCCCUACCCGUGGCUCCGCCGACGAGCCACGGAUCAUCAAAGUCACCGUGAAGACUCCCAAAGAGAAAGAGGAGUUUGCCGUGUCUGAAAGCAGCAGUGUCCGGCAGUUCAAGGAAGAAAUCUCUAAGCGUUUCAAGUCCCACACUGAUCAGCUUGUGUUGAUAUUUGCUGGAAAAAUCUUAAAAGAUCAAGAUACUUUGACUCAGCACGGAAUUCAUGAUGGACUUACUGUUCACCUGGUUAUCAAAACACAAAACAGAUCACAAGACCACACAGCUCAACAAACAAACACCACUGGGAGUACUGCUACCACAUCGAUGUCAAGCAGUAGUACCUCUGCACCAGCUUCAACAAAUAGUAACUCUUUUGGAUUGGGUGGCCUUGGAGGUUUGGCAGGUUUAAGUAGCCUGGGCUUAAAUACAUCUAACUUUUCGGAGCUGCAAAGUCAGAUGCAACGGCAACUUAUGUCCAACCCAGAGAUGAUGGUUCAGAUAAUGGAAAAUCCAUUUGUUCAGAGCAUGCUUUCAAAUCCUGACCUCAUGAGGCAGUUAAUUAUGGCUAAUCCUCUAAUGCAGCAACUGAUACAGAGAAAUCCAGAAAUCAGUCAUAUGCUGAAUAAUCCAGAUAUAAUGAGACAGACACUAGAACUUGCUAGAAACCCUGCAAUGAUGCAGGAAAUGAUGCGAAACCAAGACCGAGCCUUGAGCAACCUUGAAAGUAUACCAGGUGGAUACAAUGCCUUGCGACGUAUGUACACAGAUAUUCAGGAGCCCAUGUUGAAUGCAGCACAGGAACAGUUUGGAGGGAACCCAUUUGCUUCUUUGGUAAGCAAUACAUCAACAGGAGGAGACAGUCAGCCAUCUCGUACAGAAAAUAGAGAUCCUCUACCAAAUCCCUGGGCUUCUCAGUCCAGUGCACAGACUUCCGCAACAAGUACUAGCACCAGUGGUGAGAGCGGUGGCAGCAGUACUACUGGAAAUAGCACCUCUGGCAGUACAGGACAGAGCUCAACUGUACCAAAUGUGGGACCUGGGCUAGGAGCUGGUAUGUUCAACACACCAGGAAUGCAGAGCUUACUACAGCAGAUAACAGAAAAUCCACAACUUAUGCAAAAUAUGUUGUCUGCACCUUAUAUGAGAAGCAUGAUGCAGUCAUUAAGCCAGAAUCCUGAUCUUGCUGUACAGAUGAUGUUGAAUAAUCCUUUAUUUGCUGGAAAUCCUCAACUUCAGGAACAAAUGAGACAACAGCUUCCAACUUUCCUUCAGCAAAUGCAGAAUCCUGAUACGUUAUCAGCUAUGUCAAAUCCUAGAGCAAUGCAGGCUUUGCUACAGAUUCAGCAGGGCUUGCAGACACUAGCAACAGAAGCACCAGGGCUUAUACCAGGAUUUAAUCCUGGUUUAAGUGGAUUAGGAAGCACUGGAGCACCUACAGGAUCCACUGUACCUAGUUCUGCUCCUAGUGAAAAUACAAGUCCAGCAUCAGGAACUGCUGAACCUGGUCACCAGCAGUUUGUCCAGCAAAUGUUGCAGGCACUUGCUAGUGCAAAUGCUCAGCAGUUACAAAAUCCAGAAGUUCGAUUUCAGCAACAACUGGAGCAGCUGAGUGCAAUGGGCUUUCUGAACCGUGAGGCGAACUUACAAGCACUUAUAGCAACAGGAGGAGACAUCAAUGCAGCUAUUGAAAGGCUGCUUGGCUCUCAGCCCUCAUAGCAGUGUUUCUUAAACUUGAAAAAAUGUAAUUUAUUUUUGAUAACAGCUUCUAAAUCUUUAAAAUAUUUGCUUUACUUCAUUCUGACUCUUGGGAUUGUCUUGUUAAAACUAAAAUCAGUCUGAUGCAUUUUAAGGUGGAGUGCAGUAGUUUUCUUCAAACAGUGGGAAUCAAUGCAUUUUCACUCUUGCAUGCAUCACACUUCUUUUGUUCUGCAUUAUUUGUGGGGGAAUUUUUUGACACAAAUCAGCUUUCACAGUUGGGUGAAGCAGUUUUGUCUGACUUAAAACUAUUCAGUUUGUUUACUACUUAAACAUUAGUCUUCAGCAGUAAUUUCUGUAGAAUACAAAUUAAAAAGGAAAACAAAUUGUUGAAGCUACAAUUUGUGGGUACAAAUACUGCUUAAUGUGAUUUUGGCAUGGUCUUUUGUUGCAAGCAAAAUGCUGUAAGAUUUAUACCACUUGAGCAAGCUAACAUAUUUUUUUUUCUUUAAUUUGUAUAAACACAGUGUAUACAAUGGAGACAGCUCAUUUCUAGAGAUUUACACCUUGCAACAGAAUGAGAUUAUAAAUAACGCAAAAAAGCCUGGGGAGGGGAGGGAGGGGGAAGUCCUAAAGACUUGGUUUUGGUGUAGAAUCUUUCAGCAUCUUUGGGAACCAUCUCAGAAAAAAAAAAAAAAAAAAAAAAAGCUUAAGCAAGUUCAGUUAAAAUAAACUAGAAUUACUCUCUGGUUAUCUCUGGUUAUCUCUCUGCACCCGACUGUACAGAAAUUUGCAUUGUCACAAUGUCUCGAGAUUCACAAAGAUGAGCUGUGAAUUACCUUUGUCAUUGUUUGAAUUGCAGAGGCACUCCGGAAGGAACAGCUUCAGGACUUUUUGCCUUGUUCCAUUGAGAUUCUAACACAUAUUCUGGUUUGCAAUUGGAAACGUUACUUUCAUUUCAUGGUCAUGUGGUACUUUAAAUUACUUUUAACCACCAUGUAAAAAAUACUGUAUAUCUUUGAGUUUCUAUUGGUAGUUAGUUCUCUUGUUCACAGAUAAUAAAUGAAUUAAAAUAUCUUUAA